AUGAGGCGCUUGACCCAGGUCGUGGCGGCCCUUGCCGCUUUCGCCAUGACAUCUGUUUCAGCACAACUUGGUCCGCUCGAAGCCGGCCCUCUGCGCAAGAAGCCGAGCUAUGCUGUCGAGCUGCUUAGACGACACGGCGAUAAUGCAACAGUUCCUGCUGUCACUUCCCAGGCCCAGGAAGACGAGCCGACCUUCACCCUCACCCUCAACCAGACGGCAACCGAGACUAUGUAUGUCACCAUGAUGGCCACCGAGACCCAGACCGAGGUCCAAAUAGAAACCCUGACCGAGACUGUCACCGAAACCAUGAAGGAGCAGCUCACCACCACCGUCACCGUUGCCGCAACCUUCGAGAAGACCGUUACAGUGGCUGCCACCUUCGAGAAAACCAUCACCGUCUCCGCUUCGAACGACUGCCAGACACCUCCCGCAACCACCUCUGCUACUGCCGCAGCCUCCUCCUCUGCCGCUGCCGCAAGCACUUCCUCUGCCGCUGACACAACCACUUCCUCUGCCGCUGCCGCAAGCACUUCCUCCGCCGCUGCCGCAAGCACCACCCCGCUCUCCUUCGCCCUCGGCUCCUCCAACGGGCCUCCGCCGCCAUCUGGCCCUCCGAACAGCAGCGCUAGCCCCAGCACCAGCACCAGCACCAGCAGCACAAUCGCAGCCACCACCUCGCUCGCCAUCACGAGCAGCACAGCCGCAACAUCGACCGUCAGUUCUGGCAGCAGCGCACAAGCUCUGGCCGACAACCUGCCCACGCCUGCGGCCGCCCAGGGCGCAGGCGGAAACGACCCCUUCGACAUCUCCACCGUGUCGUUACAGCAAACGGUAACAGUCGGGCUGGGUAAGAGGGGUGGAGCGAGGGGCACGCCGUCGGUGGAGAGGAGGUGGAUUGGCUGA